AUGGUUAAUGAUACUCAUGGUGAUUGUAGACAGGCGAAGAGGAGACAUACAGGAGUUCUAGCAAGGCGGAAAGUAAGUACUAUUUUCAAUCAUCUUUUAUCAAUUAUCAUGCUGAUCAUAUGUUUUCAUAUAAAAUUUUGUUAAUUAGAAACUUUAUAUACCACGAUAUUUGAAGUCUCGGACUUACAAAAUUAAUAAUUUCCCUUAGAAAUAGAAGUAAUCUCAGUUUAGCUGAUUUCAUUCGUGCUUCAAGGUCUGUGACACCAUAAGCAUGGCAAGCGUAAGGACAUUGGUAAAAUGGGGGGAGGGGGCAACACUCACGAGGCAUUACCACGGUUGGCGCAGGGGAGAUAUAAAAUUUGAAGCGACGAAAGAGACUUUUUCUUGGGUUUUACUACGCCAUUAUGCAGUGAAUCUGAGUGGGGGUCAACCUCAACUGUAUUGAUGCUUAUGCUGUACUGGAGUGAGAAAAUGAUACGAAAUUGCACGUAUUUGCUAGCAAACACAAGGCCAACACAUACAGUGAACAUUUAAUUCGUUCCGAUCACUGUGUCUCGAUUUAGUGUUGACCCCCACUGAAAUCUAUGACGUCAUAUGAAACCCAAGAAUUUGUUCUAUUUAGUCAUUUUUCAGUUGGCUUUUCAGGUCUUUAUAGUGAUGGGAUAUGAUACAUGUAUUAAAUGCUAUGUUAUGGUGAUAUAUGUUAUGAUGGGUUAUGAUAAGCAUUAACCUAUGGAGGGGGCGUGAAAGAUAUUUACCACCUCUCCCGAUUUAAUAUGCCCCCACCUGCACAAAAUUUUCUUCCAAAAAAUUUCGCAUUUAAAACUCGAACUACUUGAUAAAUAAUAAGUUGCGACCAGUCAAUCACUUACAAAUAACAUUAUCCUUUCGUCUUAUCAAGGAUGUUCAAGAGUUGAUUUCAAAAUCCAAAUUACCACCUAAUAACGAAAUCGUGAACGAAGACAACACGAUCGCUACUGAACAUCCGCAGGAAUCAGAGAUUGUAAAUGCUGAUUGUAGCAACUUCAAGAGUACAAGUUGCCAAACCAUUGCACUCGAAUAUUUUGGUAAGAAUAAGACCACUCAAACAAAGAAGUCUAUGUUGUCAACGACAGCAACAAAAGGUACACAGACACUCCUUACCGUGAAUUCAUUGUCUAAAUUACUCGUAUUUCCCGAAACGAAUUCUACUGGUUCUCAAACUGACUCAUCUGAGAAUAUUAUUGAAGAGCACAUUGUUGACUCAUCCAAAACAAAUGAAUGUGGAACAAGUGAAAAUGUUGUUAAACAAUAUGUUGAUUCUUCAAAAACACGUGAAUCUUGCAAAGCAGACGCAAACGUUGAAAUCUCCGGACCACCACCAGAAGAACUGUGCGAAUCCGAUUGUAAUGAAAGUUGUGACGGGAGUUAUUGUACGGAAUUCGAUCAUUUGGCAAGUGAAGAAAGUCAAUCUGACCAGGAGGCGAGCACUGAAGAAAUAUCAAAGCAAAAUAAAGACCGCGUUCUCUUGUCCCGCGAAAAGUCUAUUGAGAAUCAGCUAAAAUUUAUCAUUUGCGAAGAGUCGAUAGCACAUAUCUUUGGGAUUUGCCAAAAAUGUGGAAGCAGCUGCUCAGUUUCAAUAGGAAACAGGAUUGGAAGUUACUGCAUGAUCUAUAUAUCGUGUUCAUCAAACCAAAACCAUGAUAUUUCUUGGUCAACUGGCCCUCUUAUAAAUCGGCUUCCUGCUAUGAACUUGCUCAUAACUUCAACAAUUUUAAGCACAGGGAUGGAGUCGAAUAAAACGUUAAGGUUCAUGGAAUCGUUAAACAUUCUCUGUAUUAAAAGAAGGGAAAUGUCAAACCUUCAAAGUACAUAUGCAAUACCAGCAAUAUUUAACAUGUGGAGAUUAGAGCAACAAAGUUUGAUCAAUGGAAUCAAAGACAAACCAGUUAUUAUAGCUUCUGACAUGCGUGUGGACAGCCCUGGACACAGUGGUCUUCUUGGUUCUGGUAGCACACUUGACGUAGAGCAAAACGUUAUUUUAGAUACUCAAGUUAUAAAGGUAAUUGGAGGGUUCAGAUACAAUGUUUAA